GACCAGCUCCUCUCAUGAACACACACUCUGCUGUAGACAUGAUUUACUCUCUGAUCCUCUCUGGGAUUUUACUUCACAUCACAGGUGUUGAAUGCUACACUGGUUUGUCAAACAGUACAUUAACUGUUAAGACUGGAAAUAAUAAAUCUAAUACAUACACAAACACAACAGAGAAGAAUCUGUCAGUAAUUGAUCAUCCUGAUCAGAGUCUCUUUACUGUGACUAUGAGAAACCUGCAGAACAACCACACUGGAUAUUAUUACUGUAUUGUGGAGACUGGAGCACAACCACCGAUAAAAGCAAUAUAUGAGCCUUAUCUCAAGAUUCAAUCUGCUCCUGAUGUGUCUGUGGUGAGCAGCAGUGUAUCUGGACAUGAAGGUGGUGAUAUCAGUGUUCAGUGUUUCUACAGUUCUGGAUAUCAGAAUGAAGUCAAACAGUGGUGCAGAUAUAAAGAUCAGAGCUGUUACACAGGGGGGAGGACUAACACAUCCCAGAAUUCAUCAGUCCAGAUCAGUGAUGAUGGGAGAAAAUCCUUCACUGUGCUGAUGACUGGACUGAGACUCACUGAUUCUGACUGGUACUACUGCUCUGCUGGAGAUCUGCAGGCUCCUGUUCACCUCACAGUCACUGAAUUCAAAAGAAAUUUAGAGUAA